AUGGUUGUUUAUAAUUUUAAAAAGAUUCAGACAGUACCAACGGCCAAUGAUUUUAUUGAUAUCGUGCUCACCCGUACGCAACGUAAGACGCCAACGGUGAUCCAUCCAACAUACGCCAUCUCACGCAUUCGUGCAUUUUACAUGCGAAAGGUUAAAUUCACGCAGCAAACUUGUCAAGAGAAACUUAGCCAGAUUAUUGAUGAUUUUCCACGUUUGGAUGAUCUGCAUCCAUUCUAUGCAGACCUUAUUAAUAUUCUGUACGACCGUGAUCAUUACAAACUAGCGCUUGGUCAGGUUAAUACGGCUCGAGCACUCAUUGAUAAUAUUGCUAAAGACUACGUUCGUAUGAUCAAGUAUGGUGACUCACUCUAUCGCUGUAAACAGCUCAAACGUGCUGCUCUUGGACGUAUGUGCACGCUGCUAAAAAAGCAGAAAGCAUCGCUUGAAUACCUUGAAGAGGUCCGCAAACACUUGUCGCGUCUGCCAUCUAUUGAUCCAAAUACGCGCACUUUGUUGAUUACAGGCUUUCCUAAUGUGGGCAAGUCAAGCUUUAUGAACAAGGUCACGCGGGCGGAUGUGGACGUGCAACCCUAUGCUUUUACGACGAAGGCUUUGUACGUUGGUCAUCUAGACUACAAGUAUCUCCGCUGGCAGGUCAUUGAUACCCCUGGUAUUCUUGACCAUUCGCUGGAGGAUCGGAAUACGAUUGAGAUGCAGGCUGUCACGGCGCUGGCACACUUGCAAGCGUCCAUUUUGUUCUUUAUGGAUAUUUCGGAGCAAUGUGGCUUUACAAUUGAACAGCAGCUGAGUCUGUUUGAGAACAUUCGACCACUUUUUGCAAACAAGCCACUGGUGUUGGUAUGCAACAAGAUUGAUCAGAUGCGGUUUGACGCUCUCUCGGAAAAUCACCAGGAAAUGAUUAAUACAGCGGUGGAAGAGACCAAAGCAAAGCUCUUUACAAUGUCCAACCACUCGGAGGAAAACGUCAUGGAUGUUAGAAAUUACGCGUGUGAUGAGCUGCUGUCACAUCGUGUGAAUUCAAAGAUGAAGGGCAACAAGGUGGCAGAUGUGCUAAACCGUCUCAGUGUUGCAAUGCCGGUGGCUCGUGAUGACGUGAAGCGUGAAAUUACCAUUCCUGCCAGUGUCAUUGCCGCCCGUGAGAAUCCGAAUGGUGUAGUGCCACGCACCCUUCAGAAGGACAAGAUGAACGCCAACGGCGGUGCUGGUGUAUACUCGUUUAACUUUAAAGAGCACUACAAGGGUAUGCUUCGCAACGAUGAUUGGGCUCAGGACGCUAUCCCUGAGAUCUGGAACGGCAGAAACAUUGCCGACUUUGUCGAUCCCGAAAUUUUGAAGCGUCUUGAUGCUUUAGAGCAGGAAGAGGACGAAGCUAUGGCGAACAACGCUCCUAUGGAUGAAGAUGAGGAAAUGAGUGAUCUUGAUGACGAACAGAAGGAUAAGGUUGCUCGCAUUCGUGAAAAGAAGGCCAUUAUUGUCGCUUAUCACCGCCAGAACAAGAACAAGAACCACGCGACUGUAUCACGAAAAGUGCUUGCAAAGUUUCGAACGCUUACUGAAACGAAGAAAGAGUUGGAGGCUCUUGGUGUGGAUACAAGUCACAUGAAACACGCAGAGGCUGUUGUGGCAAAGAGGAAGGCGGAUAAUGAAAGCCGUGGUCGUAAACGCGAUCGUGAAGAUAUGGACGUGGAAAUGGAAGACCCGACUGAAAGCUCGGAUCUGCGUGUACGUGCUCGUGCCAAGUCAGCACUGCGCUCGAAAUCCAAGAAUCGUUCUCAAUCUCUUGUUGCUCCACGUGAUCAGUCAGGGUUUGGUAAUGAGGCUGCUUUGGCUGCUGUUAAGCGUGCUACUCGGUUGACGCAGCGUAAGGCCGCUAAAAUGGGUCGUGCUGGUGAAGCCGAUCGAAUAUCGGUUCCUAAGCUUGCAAAGUGGCAGAAUUCGGGCAAACGUGGCCAGGGCAGCAUGAACUCGCGUUAA